GGAGAGAAUAGAGUUGCAUCAUUACAUGUGAAGUUGGGUUAUACCACGUUUCCUGCCGAUUUAUCGUUGAAAUUCUAGGAGCUACUAAAGAAAGCCAAAAUGUUGAGCGUCGCAAGAUUAUUGAACCGCAACUACGCCGGUGUCGCCUGCGACAUCGCGAGAAAGCAACAGUUCAGCACAAUCCUGAAAAAUGUUGCAGCUCCAACAGUUACCGUGUCACAUCGGUUAACCGAUGUACAACAGUAUCGUUAUAAAUCUGAAGGUGUAAAGGGUGCUGUUAUUGGUAUCGAUCUUGGAACUACUUUUUCUUGUGUAGCAGUGAUGGAAGGAAAACAAGCUAAAGUUAUAGAAAACGCUGAAGGCUCUAGGACUACUCCAUCUUAUGUAGCAUUUACAAAAGAGGACGAACGCUUAGUUGGUAUGCCAGCAAAACGUCAAGCAGUCACAAAUUCUGUUAAUACAUUUUAUGCAACAAAACGAUUAAUUGGAAGGAGGUUUGAAGAUCCUGAAGUUAAAAAAGAUAUGCAAAGUGUAACGUAUAAAAUUGUUAAAGCAUCCAAUGGAGAUGCAUGGGUACAAGGCGCUGAUGGAAAAAUGUAUUCUCCUAGUCAAAUAGGAGCAUUUGUACUUAUGAAAAUGAAAGAAACAGCAGCGGCUUACUUAAAUACUUCAGUGAAAAAUGCGGUUAUUACUGUACCAGCGUAUUUUAACGAUUCUCAACGACAAGCCACAAAAGAUGCUGGGCAGAUUUCUGGAUUGAACGUGCUUCGAGUAAUUAACGAACCAACCGCAGCUGCACUUGCAUACGGCAUGGAUAAACAGGAAGAUAAAAUUAUUGCUGUUUAUGAUCUAGGUGGAGGUACUUUUGAUAUCUCAAUUUUGGAAAUCCAGAAAGGUGUCUUUGAAGUAAAAUCUACAAAUGGAGAUACAUUCUUGGGAGGAGAAGACUUUGACAAUGCAUUGGUUAAUUACCUCGUAUCUGAAUUUAAAAAAGAGCAAGGCCUAGAUGUGACUAAGGAUGCAAUGGCAAUGCAAAGAUUGAAAGAAGCUGCAGAGAAAGCUAAAAUUGAAUUGUCAAGUUCUCUCCAGACGGAUAUAAAUUUACCUUACCUUACCGUGGAUUCCAGUGGACCAAAACAUUUGAAUCUUAAACUAUCCAGAAGUAAAUUCGAAAGUCUUGUAAAUGAUCUGAUUAAAAGAACGAUUCAACCAUGUCAGAAAGCUCUUUCUGACGCCGAAGUAACGAAAUCCGAUAUUGGGGAAGUUUUAUUAGUCGGUGGUAUGACUAGGGUUCCUAAAGUACAGCAAACAGUUCAAGAAAUAUUUGGUAGACAACCAUCGAAAGCUGUAAAUCCAGAUGAAGCGGUAGCUGUUGGUGCUGCAGUUCAAGGAGGUGUACUCGCAGGAGAUGUAACAGAUGUUCUACUUCUCGAUGUUACACCUUUAUCAUUGGGUAUCGAAACACUUGGUGGUGUAUUCACAAGAUUAAUCUCUCGUAACACAACUAUACCUACGAAAAAGAGUCAAGUAUUUUCUACAGCUGCAGAUGGUCAAACUCAAGUUGAAAUUAAAGUUCAUCAAGGCGAGCGAGAAAUGGCUAAUGAUAACAAACUCCUUGGACAAUUUAGUCUCAUUGGUAUCCCACCUGCACCGAGAGGUGUACCACAAAUAGAAGUAACAUUCGAUAUUGAUGCGAAUGGUAUAGUGCAUGUAUCAGCCAGGGAUAAGGGAACAGGCAAAGAACAACAAAUUGUUAUCCAGUCUAGUGGUGGCCUUAGUAAAGAUGAAAUUGAAAACAUGGUUAAAAAUGCUGAGCAAUAUGCGAAGGCAGAUAAGGUAAAGAAGGAAAGAGUUGAAGCUGUUAAUCAAGCAGAAGGAAUUAUACAUGACACGGAAUCGAAGUUAGAAGAAUUCAAAGCACAGUUACCACAGGAAGAGUGCGAUAAGCUUAAAGAAUUAGUUGCAAAACUGCGAGAGACUUUGGCCAAAAAAGAUGAUACAGAUCCUGAAGAAAUAAAGAAACAAACGAAUGAACUCCAACAAGCGAGUUUGAAGCUAUUUGAAAUGGCAUAUAAGAAGAUGGCAGCGGAAAGAGAAAGUCAAAAUCAAUCACAGCAGGAACCUGAAGAGAAAAAAGAGAAAAAAGAGGAGCAAAAUUAAUUAUAAUUAGAUAAUUUGCGUUCUAUAAAAAAAAGAAAAAAGUCAACUGUGUGUAUAUUGUUUAUGGUACAAAUAAUUUUACAAUUAUAAUUAUAGUAUACCAGUAUCAUAAUUGUGCAGUGUCUUGACAUUUUGCAUAUGAUAUGCAGACUGCUCGAAUGAUCAACAUUAAUUACAUUCUGCAAAUAAUGUACACAAUCUGCAAGUUAUGUACACAUCGUUUAUAUAUUUUAAUAUAUAACUUUGAUUUCACAGUAUUUAUUUGAGUAUGUACAUAUCGGAAGUCACUUGUUAUACGUUUUUCGUUAAGUAACAAUUUUAAAUAUCAAGCAAAAUUAAGUCUUAUUUUUUAUGAAAGAUAGAAAAUAGCAAUAUAUAUUGUAUGUUAUAUAUUAAAAGCUGCAAAUAGAAUCUGUUUUUUUUUCUUUUGUCAUAAAAGUAUGUCUGCAGUUAAUAAGCUUUUGUUAAAGAUGGAAGUAGCUCUGUACAUACGUCUAUAGUAAAUAAUAGUCAAUUUUUGUGUCAUAAAAGACUUAGCCAAUUAGUUUUUAAUGUAAAGUAGCAAAUUAUAUAUGUAAUUGAUUGUUUGCAUUAUGUAAUUUAAUGAAGGUCAAUUAUUUGAGUAAUGUACAAAGUCACAUGCAAAAUAUAAGACACAGUUAUAUAAUAUUGGUAUAUAAUGAUAAAAAUGAUUUGUACCAAAAAUAAUGCGAAAAUAAUUUGUUAACAGUUCCACAUUACAGUCUUGUUACUGUAGAAUGCUAUGUAGUACAUUCACUGAAUGAAUGUAAGACAAGAAUAUUAGAACUGUGAGAGAAUGAGAUGAAUGUUUCUGUGUAAAACAAAUUUAUUCUGUAAUAAUGUGUAACAAUACACACAUAGGUUAAUAUAGAGAACAUUGUUAUAUA